AUGGAAGAGGUAAAAAUUCAGUCUGCUAAUUGGAGCUCUGCUGUGGUAUGCAUGGUGCUUGGAGAAAAUCCUCCAAUGGCAGUGUUCGAAGGCUUUAUAAAGAGAGUUUGGGGUCAUCUAGGGAUUUCCCAAAUCUCUAGAAUGACAUUGGGGCUAACUUUGGUGAAGUUUAAUGAUGAAGCAACUAGAGAUCAUGUUUUAGAGAAUGGAGUUCUUCAAUUUGAUUGGAAACCUGUCAUUAUCAGGCCAUGGACUACAGAUCUGAGUGCUAUUAGGCUGAUCCGCUCGGUUCCGCUUUGGGUCCAUCUUCAUGACCUUGGAUUGCAGUAUUGGGGUAGCAAGUGUAUUAGUGCUUUGGUGAGCAAGAUAGGCAAACCCCUAUUAGUAGAUAAGUUUACUAGGGAGCGAUCUCGAGUUCAGUUUGCGAGGGUAUUAGUGGAGAUGGAAAUUACUGAUAAUCCUCCUUGUAGCUUACAGUUUAUCAAUGAGCAUGGUCAAAUUAUUGAGCAGGGAAUAGAGUAUGAGUGGCUGCCUACUAAAUGCAAGACUUGCUCUGGUUUUAGGCAUUCUAUGGCAGAUUGUCGCAAGGAUCAUAAGACUGUUUGGGUGGAAAAAGCAGCUUGUUUAAAAGCUGAGAUCCUUUUGGAGCAGCCAAAAGCUUCUGAGAAACUUACUGAAGGGGAACUAGGUGAGGAAAUUGGUGGGACAAAAGGAGAAGAUAUCUCAAAUCAGGGCACUAGGGAUGUCACUCUGUCAGGGAAGGCUAUUGCGGAUCAGGUUAAGGAGAGGAACAAGGAAGCUAAUUGGAACAGGAAAAGGGCAGGAAGAUUGAGCACCUUGGUGGUAGUUCAUCUAAUGGAUAAGGGCUCUCUUUUAAGUUGGAAUAUAAGGGGGCUAAACAGUGUAAAUAAACAGAGUUUAGUCCAAGAAAUGUUUAGGAAAAAUAAGAUUGGAAUUAGUGGUCUGUUGGAAACUAAAUUGCGCGGGAAUAAAAUUGGUGAGUUCAUGGAGUUAAAAUUUCCUAAUUGGGAGUUUUACUCCAGUCAGAUUACAGAGGGAAGGCUGUUAAUAACUUGGAGAAAGGGGUUAGCUAAAGUGAUUGUUUUGGAAGAGUCUCCUCAGCUAGUUCAUUGCCAGGUAUAUAUGGUCAGCUAUAGGAGUGUUUUCCAUGUCACUUUUGUCUAUGGUUACAACACAGUGGAAAAGAGAAGAAGCUUAUGGCUUGAUUUAACUCGUAUAUCGCUCUCAGUUAAAGCUUGGAUAGUCUUAGGGGAUUUUAAUGCCCCCUUUUCUAGAGAGGAUAGAUCUGGUGGCAAUCCUAUUUCUAGUCUUGAGCUGGCUGACCUUCUUGGUUGGAUGACUACUGCCAGAGUUGUGGCUCUCAAAAGUAUGGGGCCGUAUUUUACUUGGACAAACAACCAAGAUGGCUCAGCCAGGAUAUACUCCAAAAUUGAUCAUGUUUUAAUUAAUGAGGAUUGGUUGGACAUGUUCCCUUAG